AUGCUUGCCUGGGAAGGAGAGGGGGCGUGGGUUUUGGACCACCUAGAUGGCGAAGCUUGGGACCGGUACAAUGAGUUGCCAGUUACUACAGACCUUGAUGUCCACCGCGAGAACCUUAAAUCGAUCGGUGCAACUUGUCAGAUCAAGGGUGGUUCGAGACCUUACCAUGGUGAGGUCAUGAUAAGGGUGAAGGUGCUAGGGCCUGUUAUAUCCUAG